AUGAUAUAUGAAAAUAAACCGUUCAAUUUUCUGUUUUAUAUUAUUUUCACAAUUCUUUCUUUAUUAAUAAUCAUUACAUAUCAGGAAUAUCGGUCUUUAAAUGGCGAAGGCAAUAAUCGAAAUGACAUAUUAAUUGGAACUUCAAACAUUCCAUUCGUCAGAAAUAUUCCAUCUAAGCCUAAUUUCGCAGAUGAGAAUUAUAGUAUGAUUUUUACGCCAGGAAAUUAUACUACCGAGGUCCCAGACGCAUUCAUUGCUUGCAAUGCUACAUUACCCAACGACAUAUUUCCUUUGCCUAGGUGUGUUAGUAAUAAAUUGAUGUCUAUGCAAUUGAAUGAAGAAGAUAUGUUCAAUUUACCACUUUUGGAGAAAUUCAAAAGUAAGCGGGAUAUUUCUCAUAUUUUAACAUUUUGGGGAUUUUUCAUGAAAAUGGACAUUAGCUCUGGACCAGAUUACGGAGUAAAUUACCCAACAGGCGUUUACAUUCCUCAGGACGAUACAUCGUAUUUCUCUAGCUAUAAGAAUGGUCCAAAACCAAUAAACUUUACUUUUACAACGAAAUCGUUACCAUUUAAUCGAUCAGAUCCAAAAGGUGGAUAUACAGGAAUAAAUGAAGCGACUUCAUUUGUUGACGCGUCUACAAUUUAUGGUAACAACGAUACUGAUCUGCAACGAAUUAGAGAUUAUGGUAAUUACGGGAAAAUGAGGUUGGAAAUAGAUAAUUCAACGCCUGAUGGGGAGUUAGGAUAUCCAUAUGUUGAUGCAAAUGGAAGGUUCAUAUUAGGAUAUGGUGCAGUAUUUAGAAAUGUUUUUACUGAUUUGUUUCACGUAAUUCUCUUACGUGAACAUAAUCGAUUGUGUGAUGAACUUUUUGCCAUUCAUGGAAAUGGUUGGGGAGAUGAACAAUAUUUUCAGGAAGCUAGAAGAUGGGUUAUCGCUUUUAUUCAAAGAAUUACUUAUUUUGAAUAUCUCGGAAUUGCGUUGGGAGCUCCUUUACCCAAAUAUGAGAAAUACAAUCCAAAUCUUAAACCUGAAAUCAAUACUUUCUUUGCUACCGUAACUUAUCGUUAUGGAGGAAAGCCGCUUACAACGUUAUCAUUAAAUGAUGUACAAGCACCCGGACUAUUAAAAACCUUUGGAAUUCCAUCAAUUGUUCUCUCGUUGGCACUUCAAAGACAAGAAGAAGUUGAUAUUUAUAUGUCUGAUUUUAUGCGAAGUUAUGUUCACCGAUCAGUAGAACAAAUGGAUGUUGCCAGUAGAGAUCGCGGUAUUCCUUUAUAUAAUGAUGCAAGAGAAGCAUUUGGUUUAACAAGGAAAUCAUCAUGGGCAGAAAUCUCAAGUGAUCCUGAUGUGCAAAAAAGACUGGAAGAUACCUAUGGAACCGUAGAUCGAGUUGAAGCAUUAAUGGGAGGGUUAGCAGAAGAUCACAUUAAUGGGGGAAAUUAUGGAGAAUUAUUUCAUAAAAGCUUUUCAGAACAAUGGAAAGUAAUGAGAGAUUCCGACAGAUUUUGGUAUGAAAAUGAAGAUGCGGGCUUCAGUAAAGAAGAUAUAGCAAAAAUUCAAAAUACAACCUUAUUAGAUAUUUUAAUAAGGAAUUCCCCAAAAUCAUCAUUAUACCCGCAAAAUCUAUGGUCUGUGCAACCACCAAAUUCAUUAAAAAUGAAUGAAGAUAAUAGCACUUAUAAGGAUUCUACAACACUUUCCGAUGGAUAUAUGCUUAAAUGGAAAAUAGAAGGUUCUGACAUUACUUUCUUGAUUACAUUAGGUAGUACAAAUUCAUGGUUUGGAAUAGGAUUUAAUCCUCGGGAUAAUGCCAUGUUAGGAACUGAUAUGAUGAUAUUUCAAAAUCAAAAGAAAGAAGGUUCUAAUGAAAUUACCGUCACUGGAAAGUAUUACAUAGGUCUUGGAAUUGGAAUUAAACCUCAGGAAUUACCUGAUAAUUUGACAUUAUUAGGCGCAACAAAAGUUGGGAAUGGAAUGACUCAAGUUGAAGUCAAGCGGCCUUUAAAUGCUGAAAAUCGAAAAUCUAUUGAUGGUACUAUUCAAAUGAUUUACGCCUGGAACCCUAGUUCAAAUGAAUUAACUUAUCAUGGUGGAAAUCGUGGUAAAAGAAAAGUUAAUUUCCGGAACGGUAUGUCUAAUAUCGAGGACGCUAGAAUGAGAUUAUUAAUGAUGCAUGGAAUUGUUAUGUUUACUAUUUGGGGAGUUUUAUUUCCAAGUUCGGUAUGGAUAGUCAGAUAUUUAAGGCAUAUCGAUAGCUAUAUGGUACAGCAUCGAAAUUUAAAUUUAGUUGGCGGAAUGAUAGUAGGGAUAUUUGCCGCGGUAGCCAUGUCAGUAACACCUUUACACGCGAGGAGUCCUCAUGCAAUAAUUGGCUUAACUAUAUUUGCUUUAACAAUAAUACAAAUUUCUUUGGGCAUAAUGGCGAUUUGGGGAUUGGCUAAUGUAGAAUCAGCAGCAACAGGAUUUGUCCGUAAUUUAAAGCAUUUACAUUUUUACUUGGGUGUCAUUUUGCUUUUAACUGCAUGGGUUAAUGUGUUCUUUGGCAUGCAUGUAUAUGGAGCGAAUAAGGAAUUCAUUUGGGCUUAUGUAGUUUGCGAAUUUUAUUAUAAAAUCAAGAAUAUGCAAUUCUUGUGGCCGGUAAGAUUUACAGAAGAUUCGACAAAACGGAUUCAUAAUUGUAUCCCUGAAGAGGUUUUUGAAAAUUUACCUGUCAUUACUUGGGAUGAAUUUAAUAAAAGAGUUAUGACGGGAGCCAAUUUAGUUAUAGCAGAGGGAUUAGUAUUUGAUAUACAUCGAUGGAUCCCUGUACAUCCAGGGGGGCAAAGAAUAUUAAAAAGAGUAGUUGGCACUGAUAUUACACAAGAUUUUUUCUUUGAUCCAGCGGAUCAAAUAGUUAUUAACAAUAAUUCUGAUGAUUAUGAUGUACCACGACCUAGUAUCUCGGUAUUAACGGAUAAUACACAUAAAGACAAAAUGAAUGACAUCAUGAAGAUAAAGCCUCAUAGCAUAGCAAAUGCUGUUGAUAUAAUAAAUUCCAAAUCAUUUAAGAAUCGUAGAGUUGCGAUGCAUCGUCAUUCAAAAUUUGCUACGUCUAAAUUAGCUAGUAUGGUAAUUGCCAGGAUAAACUCUAAACAGAUAGAAAUAAGUGAUGAAAAAGCACCUAUUAUGACGAUGCAACCACUAAAUGAGCCACUACGUUGUAAUAUUUUCCGAAGAUAUAUUUUAACCAAUAUUGAAUUCGUAACUAGACAGAAUGCUACAAACCCUGUUAAAAAAUUAACAUUUCAAGUUAUACAUCAGAACGAUAAAUUACCGAAAUUCUUUCCUGGUGAUUUUAUUGAAAUAAUGUGUUUUACUAAUAAUCAAGUGACUACUAGACUAUAUACUCCAAUUCAGGGACCAACUGACAAUAGUUUUUGUAUAUUUGUUAAAAUAUAUAAAGAUGGUAUUAUGUCUCAACAUUUGAAUAAGCAAUUGAAGAAUUUUGAAAUCAAAGUGAGAGGACCAUUUGAUAUAGCGGAUCGAAUGUCACAAAUAUCUUCAUCGCCAACCUUAAAGCCGGCUUCGGUAAAUAGUAGACCAUCAUCACCAACUUAUUUAUCAGUUAACGACGCUAGAAAGUAUAAUAACAAUUUCGGCAUAAAAAGCUCCAAUAGUAUUAAUACCCAACUUAAUCCUUCGAAUAAAUACAGUUUACUUGAUGGUAGAAGUGGAAUAUUAUUAAAUAAAGAACGGGCAGAUUUAUGUUGGGAUUAUUUAUUUAUGGUCUGUGGUGGUACUGGAAUCACACCAAUGUUACAACUGAUACAAUAUCAUAUGGAGAAAGCGGCCACUUUAGAUUCCAAUUUCAAAUUAUUUUUAUUAGUAGCAAAUGAUACAAUAGCUGACCUAAUAUGUCCAAAAUAUUUGGACUAUUUAUGUCAGAUACUCAAGGGAAAACUGAAAAUCACUUACAUUUUAUUAAGACCACCACCAAUUUGGAAUGAUUUAGGUGGAUUAAUUGAUGAUACAAAAUUAUAUGAUUGGAUUAGUCAAAAUUAUGCUGUGCCACCUCCCGUAAUUCCACCAAGGUUAAAUGAUUUCAACAGUGGAAUUGAUAAUUCUAAACAGGUUAAAUUAGUUGCUUGUGGUAGUUAUCAAUUUAACGAAAACAUUAGGAAAUCUUUGGAAAAAUUGGGUUAUCCUAUUGAGGAAAAGGCUCUAUUCAUUAAUUAA